UUUAGUAGUGGCUAAGACACGCGUCGUAUAACAACGUAUCUGAAACAAAAAGAAACGGCGCACGAAAAACGAACGAAAAGUGAUUAAACGAAAAAAAGAAUAAAAAAUAGAAAUUAAAAUUAUUGAGAAAACAAAAAUAUUCUUGGAAACAAGUCGGUCAUACAUCAACGAUUUGAGAAUUUUGCGCAAAGUGAACAAAAAUCCAAACUAAAUGUUAACGAGAGCGUAACAAUUGCUCAGAAUUGCGACACUGCGACGCAAGACAACAAUAAAAUAAAAACAACAAUUAAAUUAAGCAGCCAGCCAGUCAGCCAAGCAACAAGUCAGUCAGCCAGCGAAAAAACAACAGCAACAAAUCUGAAAAUGUUCGUGAAACAGCAGUGCUUUAUAAUAUUGUCACUUUUGGUGCAUUUAAAUUCUGGUCAAGGAUUAUAUUCCAUAAUAGCACCGAAUACGAUAAGACCCAAUUCACAGUAUCAUGUAGCCGUAAGUAUACACAAGUCCCCAGAACCGGUAAGGGUGAAAUUGGGCAUUAUUGGUAGUUCAUAUAGUGAUUUUAAAACUGCCGAAGUAAGGCCAUUCUCCACAGAGACGGUGCAUUUUGAUAUACCCGAUUUGAAAAGUGAUCGCUACAAUCUCACAGCCGAAGGCCUGUCGGGCAUACGUUUCACGAAUGAAACUCAACUGCAUUUCGAUGCCCAUCAAUUUACGGUGAUGGUGCAAACCGAUAAGGCCAUUUACAAACCCGAGGAUAUUGUCCACUAUCGUGUCCUCCUUAUGGAUGCCAACUUGAAGCCGGCCAACAAUUACGGUCGCGUUCACAUCACCAUACGUGACAGUGGUGACAAUGUCAUACGUAAUUAUCGUGAUGUCAAAUUGACAAGUGGCGUAUUUUCAAAUGAUUUAAAACUUUCCGAUUAUCCGAAAUUCGGCGAAUGGUCGGUGGAGGUGGAAAUCAUGCAGGAGGUAUACAAACGAACCUUUGAGGUGGUGGAAUAUAUUUUGCCGAAAUUUGUGGUGGAUAUUGAUACGGAUAAACAUGUCAUCUACAAGGAUGGGAAAAUCAGGGCCACCGUCAAGGCAUACUAUGAUUUUGGCAAACCAAUUGUUGGCGAAGCCACUCUCUCCAUCUACCCCACCUUCUUUGGUUCCUUGCAGCCAUUUGUCAACGAUUUAAUUACCCGCAAAGUUGUGCCCAUCGAUGGCAGUGCCUAUUUUGAGUUUGAUAUCCGCGAUGAGUUGAAACUAAAAGAAGACUAUGAACGUGAGUAUUUGUUGGAUGCCCUGGUCGAGGAGGCCUCAACAAGUUCGGUACAAAACUUUUCAUCUGUGAUAACUGUCCAUCUGGAUCCAUAUCGUGUUGAGGCCACACGCUUGCCCAGCAACUAUAUACCCGGAGUUCCCUUUGAAGUUUCGGCCAAGGUUCUGCGCAAUGAUGGUGCUAUGUUGAGGGACUUUAAGACUGAUCUAACUGCCUAUCUUACCAAUGUCUAUGGCAGCAGCGAGAUGUAUAAUAAAACCACCUAUACGCUGGAUGGUCGUGGUGAACUGAAGAUGAAAUUUACCGUACCGUUGGGUGACAAAGAUGAAUAUCAUUCAGUUAUAGUUGAUUAUCAAGGCAUUAUUACCGACAUUGGUAAAAUACCGCGCAAACAUUUGCACAGCAAAAACUAUAUUACGGCCAAGGUUUUAAAUGAAAAGCCUAUGGUAAAUCAAGAAGUCUCCAUAACCGUACGCUGCAGUGAACCAAUGAAAUAUUUCAUAUAUCAGAUAGUGGGCCGGGGUGAUAUUCUCCUCUCCCGGGCUGUGGAUGUGAAUGACAACAACUUCCAUACCUUCAAAUUCCUGGCCACAUUUGCCAUGAUGCCCCGGGCCAAAUUGCUCGUGUAUCUGGUGAUAAAUGGUGAAUUUGUCUAUGAUGAGCAGGUCAUAGAAUUCGAAGAGAAUCUUUUGAAUAAUGUACAAAUUGAGGCACCACUGAGGGUACCACCGGGUCAAGAUAUUGACAUUACCGUAACAUCGAAGCCUUAUAACUAUAUUGGUCUCAUGGUUGUCGAUCAAAAUGCCAUUAAUAUUCGUAAAGGAAAUGAUCUCUCAACCGCAAGCCUGAUGAGAGCCCUCAAUCAGUAUGAAUUGAAUGAUGUGAAUACACCGAUAGGUUCGCCUGGAAAAGAGUCAGGAGUCAUAACUAUGUCCAAUACAGAUUUCAUCAUUGAAAAGGAACCUGAGACAACCCCCGCUCUUCAGAGAGGCAACUACAAUGAAGAUGAACAUAAAUUGACAACAAUACGUAAGACGGAUAUAGGUCCCGCCCAUGCCAUUGAGGUGAACACAUUGGCCCCAGGCAAGGGACGUUAUGCCUUCUCCUAUACCCCCAAACCUUUCUGGCAUAAUCCUCGGAUACACGUUAUGCACCCCCCAGCAGAUACUUGGCUAUUUAUGAAUGUCACGGCGAGUAGUGAAGGUCGUACAACCGUUCAUCGCCGGUUGCCACCCUCAAUGACCUCGUGGGUGGUUUCGGCUUUUGCCUUGGAUCCAGUACAGGGUAUUGGUCUAACCAAUCCCAUAAAGAAAAUGCAAACCUACAAGGAAUUUUAUAUUACCAGUGAACUGCCAUAUUCCGUGAGAUUGGGUGAAACUUUGGCCCUACCAUUUGUGGUGUUCAAUAACAAAGAUUCCGACUUGGAUGUCGAUGUCACACUGUACAAUACCAAUCAGGAAUUUGAUUUUCCCCAGGUGGAUAAUAAGUCGCAACCCAAACCAAAAGUUGAACUCUAUAGCCGGCGCACCAUUCGAGUGGCGGCCAAAACUUCCAAAUCUGUGUCAUUUAUUGUCACACCCAAACGUGUGGGACCCAUUGUUGUCAAGGCCGUGGCCACAAAUCAAUUGGCUGGUGACACUGUGGAAUCCUCACUACUUGUCGAACAUCCUGGUGCUAUGGAAAUUGUGAAUAAAGGCUUCCUCUUCGAGAUGGGUUCCAGUACUCAACGCAAGGCGAAUGUCACCAUUAAUAUACCCCGCAAUGCCAUACCGAAUUCGGCGAAAAUUGAAAUCUCCGCGGUGGGCGAUGUGAUUGGCAGUGUUGUGGGUAAUUUGGAAAAUUUGAUACGAGUACCCUCCGGCUGUGGUGAACAGACAAUGAUACGAUUUAUGCCAAACAUUAUGGUGCUGAAAUAUUUGCAGCGUACCCGCCAACUGAACCUACCCUUGGAACUUCGCAUUAAAAGUAAUUUAGAGCUGGGCUAUCAGCGCUUACUUUACUAUCGUCACAAGAAUGGUGGUUUCAGUGCCUUUGGCCUAUCGGAGGAGAAAACUUCAACCUGGCUAACAGCCUAUGUGGCAAAGGCGUUCCGUCUAGCAGCCGAAUUUAUCCAGAUCGAUGAGCAAGUUAUACAAAAAGCCUUGGAAUAUGUGGUGUCACGCCAGACCACAGAUGGUGGUUUCUCGGAAGGUGGCGAUGUCUUUGAGCAAUUCGAUGAUGAGGGUCUGAGUUUGAGUGCCUUUGUAACAUUGGCUUUAAUGGAGAAUUUGGACACCUAUCCCGAGUACAACAACAAUGUGAACAAAGCUUUGGAUUAUAUUACCAGAAGUUUAGAUGGGUCUAGCAAUCUUCAUGCUAUGGCAAUCGGAACAUAUGUCCUUUCCAAAGCCAAUCACAAUGCCAAAGUUGCUUUCCUGCAAAGAUUGGAUGGAAUGGCCGUCAAUGAAGAUGGCCUAAAAUGGUGGAAUAAAACAGCCCCACCCACCGAGGCAAUGUCACCCUGGUACAAUCGCACACGUAGUGUCAAUGUGGAAAUUUCCUCAUAUGCCGUUAUGUCGCUGCUGGAAAAUGGUCUUAUUGGUGAUGCCUUACCCGCCGUGAAAUGGUUAAUGAAUCAACGCAGUGAUCUGGGUGGUUUUGUUAGUUCUCAGGAUUCAGUGGUAGGACUGCAAGCCUUGGUGGCAUUUGCCGAAAGAUUUUCAAGCCAGGCCAAUAAUUUACAAUUGGCUUUCCGAUAUGGUUCCAAUGCUGAGACUGUGAUAAAUGUCAAUGCUGAAAAUUCCUUGGUUUUGCAAACAAUUGAGCUACCAAAUAAUUUGAAAAACGUCACAGUAUCGGCCACCGGAAAUGGUUUGGCCUUGGCCCAAGUCACCUAUCGUUAUAAUACCAAUGUUACCAGUGCCUGGCCCCGAUUUGUUUUGGAUCCCACGGUUAAUAGAAAUUCCCAUUCGGAUUAUUUACAUUUGUCGGCAUGUGCCAGUUUCAUACCCGCCGAAGGUGAUGCCACCCGCUCCAAUAUGGCUGUCAUGGAAAUUUACUUGCCCAGUGGUUUUGUCGUCGAUACGGAUACUUUGCCAACAUUGGAAUCGAGCGAAAGAAUAAAGAAAGUUGAAACCCAAAAACGUAAUACUGUUGUCAUCAUCUAUUUCGAUUACUUGGAUCGCAGAGAAGUUUGUCCCACCUUGCAUGCCUACAAAGUGGUGAAGGUGACCAACCACAAACCGGUACCUGUUAUUAUGUACGAUUAUUAUGAUAAUGUGCGUAGAGCACGUCAAUUCUACCGAGCCCCCAAAUCACAGAUGUGCGACAUCUGUGAACAUGCCAAUUGUGGAUCGCUAUGUGAAAAGGCCGAAAAACGUGAAUCGAGAGGACAAGAUGGCAAUGAUUUGCUGGAAGCCAAUUUCAACAACAAUGCAGGCCAAGCUCUGGCGUCCACAAUUUAUGGAGCAAUAUUAACAAUUUCUUUGGUUUUCAUUACAAGAAACUUAUUAAUUUAAUUUUAGAUUUUGUUAAUUUUGUAUCUAUUUUUUUAAAUGCCCAUGAAAAGAAAGCUUUAACAUUUUUAUAAAAACAACGACUAAUACUCUUUUCUAAAAAAAAACUAUUAAUAAAAACCGAUAAUUGUAUGCUAUACCUAACUAUAGAAUAAGUCUGUAAAUUUAUGUAAAAAUAGCUAAUAAUAUUAAUUAAUUAAAUCAU